AGUACAGGCAGAAAAGUCCAAGAAGAAGCCGCUUUCGAAGUAUCCUCCAAAGGGCUGAUGUGGUCUUUUGGGCCUCUUCAAUCCACAAUCGAACCCAGAUAGUAGACAAACAAAAAAUGUUUCAAAUUUUUCAAAAGCAAAGAGCGGGUACGACGUCGUUCUUACGCAUCGAGGAACCUCCCCGCCGGAAAGAAAAGCAGCAAGGGUUCGAACUGUGAAAGUAAAACUCAAAGGAAGAAAGAACUAAGCACAAAAACAGCAACAACGAUGAGAAUCACGUUGGAGCCGAGCUCGGAGCCGAGCCCAAGCCGCUCCCAAACUCCCAAAGACGAAGUCGAGUGGGUCCCACUUGCCAAGCACCCUCUCUUCACCGCACACGGCGGCGCCGCCGUUUCCGGUUAUCGGAAUCUCCUGGCCUGGGACGGAGCCUCGCGCCUCUACUUCUGGGACACGAACAGCCGCAUUCUCCACCGCCUAUCUCUCCGACUUGGCGACCCCGAUCCCUCUUCCGUGCUCGCCUCCUCUCCUUCGAAGGUGUUGCAAGCAGACGCCGAGCUCGAUUUCGACGUCCACAAAAUCUCCGUCAACAGGAAUGGAACAGCGAUACUCCUUUUCGGUUCCGAAACGCUCUCUGUUAUGUAUCUUUACGGACGCGCAUCUAAGAAGGACGUGAACUUGAUUUGCAGGACUAUCACUGUUGGUUCUCAGACAUAUUCCACUGGUGGCAAUAAUAUUCGGGUGUUACAAGCAUUAUGGCACCCUUACAGUGAUACUCAUUUGGGGAUUCUUUCUUCUGACUCAGUUUUCAGACUUUUCAACCUUGCUGUGGAUCCUUUGCAACCAGAGCAAGAAUAUUAUUUACAGCCUGUCGAGCCUGGUAGAUUUAGAAAUGCCUCAUCAGUGUGCCCAGUAGAUUUUUCUUUUGGGGGUGACCACUUAUGGGACAGGUUCAGUGUUUUUAUUUUGUUCAGUAACGGGGCUAUCUAUGUACUUUGCCCAGUUGUGCCAUUUGGAAGUCUCUUCAAAUGUGAGUCUUUGGUAGAAAUAUACAAUGAUGCUCACACAUUUGGAAUAAUAUCAGCCAACUCUGUUGCUGCGAGUAAUUCAAAGUUGGCAAUUUCCUGGUUAGAAGCAUCAUUUCCCGAGUUACAGAACCAAGAUGCUGAAGGAGACAGCCUGUCCUUGCUAAGAGCUCAUGCAUAUUCUUUGUUUGAUGCAUCUCUUGUCUUGCAGGGACCUCUGCAAAGAGUAGGUCAGGAUGGAAAUGGAGAUUCGGUAGGUUGUAGCACAGAAUGUGAAGGUCGUGCAGUUAGUUUUCUCUACAAUUUAGUCAGCAAAGACUCAAUUUUGGUGACUGCCUGGAGUGGUGGGCAAUUGCAAAUAGAUGCUCUUGCCGAUGAGAUCCAACCUGUCUGGUGUGUUGGUAGUCCGCCUCGUCUCCGUGUUGAUUCCCAUGACCAAAUUCUUGGCCUUGCUAUGAUUUGUGAGUCAAUUACCUGCAGCAGUCUGGGGAAGGUUGAUCAUAAUGCCUGGUUGGGUAAUCCACCCCCUUUGCUGAGACUGGCUAUUGUUGAUUUGGCUCUGCCACGAAGAGCAGAAAGUGGUUAUAAUAUUUCUUUGUUCAUUGAUAUGCUUAUGCCAGAAAGAAUAUUUUCCCUUCAUGAUGGAGGGAUUGACUCGAUAGUUUUACAUUUUCUUCCUUUUACAAGUCAGUCAAAUGGCAAGGAUGAUACAAUGAAGACACCGUCUGUGCACCCUGUGUUAAAUACUUGUCAGAGUGGAUAUACCUCAGAACCCUCAUUUUGUGGCUUUGUGUCUUUAUCGGAUUCAUUUGGAUAUUCAUGGAUUGUAGCUAUUACACUUUCUCUUGAGUGUGUUGUGCUUGAGAUGAAAAGUUGGAAUCUCUUGCUUCCUGUAAGCAUUGAUAUGGAGAAGAAACCCAUUUCAUCAGAGGGGGAAUCAAAGGAGAGGGUUAUACCAACAAUAAUUAGCAAAGAACUACUUAGUGGACCGAAGGAGGUACUUGUUCCCCAUGCCUCUCCAAGUUUGCGUUCUGUUGCAGCUGAUUCAAUUGAAGGUCGAUCAACAUUACAUCAGUAUUUCAAGCUGUUUCAUGAAACUUAUGUGGAGUAUGGACAUAAGGUGUACCUGGAGCUCAAGCAUCACGCACCUCAGUUGAAUAAAAUCAUUAACGACCAACAUUCUCGCUUAGGCGAAGCACAGCAGAAACUUUUGAACGUUGAGAAGAAAGAGGCUAUAUUGCAGAAAAGGUUAGGUCGUGCUAUUCAAAUGCACAAUUCUCUGGAAGAGCGCUUGCAACAAUUAAGGAACUUACCUUGUGCUCACAAAAAACCGCUGUCCAGAGCAGAGCGGCAGUUUAAAUCGGAGCUUGACCGCUUUAAGGAAGUUGAGUUGGAUGCUUUGCAUUCUUCUGUUGAUGCGGUAAGUGCAAGGCUGAGAAGGCACUUGCAAGCUUCGAAAGCUAAUCAGCAACAGAAAACAGCUGGGAAGAAAAUUCAUGCUGUAGACAGUAAGAUAUCCAUGCUCAAAUCGUCUCUUGAAAAACUCUCACUUGUAAAUACUGAGAAUUCAAAGAAAGUAAAACUCGUGGAGUCUACAUUGAGAAACAAAGAAAGAAGUAGCGGCAGAGAAUCAAGCCUGCCUUUGCCCUAAAACCGUCCUGUGGUAUCUGCUUUCUUAUCCCCGGACCGGUGAGGUUUGAAUUAUGAUCCUGCUGAUGCACUCCACUAGUUUAGUCACUCCAAUUGUCUCUCCAAAAUUUGGGGGUGAAGUUAUCAUAUUUACAUUAGAAAAUACCUUCAUGUCAACAUCAAUAGGAAAAAGAAGGUAGCAAACUCUGUCGUAUACUUGUACCGAACUCCCUUUUCAUUGCCAGUGUCAGAGAAGAAAUGCCAGGAAUCCAUGGUAUUUCCAUUUUGAUUAGAAUGGAACAUGCAAGAGACUGGCUUUUCAAUUGCCUUCACGGAAAUUAGAGUUGUCCAAAAAAUCAUUUACUUGAA